CCAUGUUUUUUAUGCUAAUGAUCCCAGCUGUAUGCACUAUGCAGUAGUAGUAAGGCAUGCGCAGUGUGUAAAAAGAAUACGGCGAAGAUUCAAAGUUUUUGUUCGGUUUAACACUUGAUAACUACAUGCGAACAUGUUUGGUUUCCACAAGUCGAAGAUCUACCGCAGUCAUGAUGGAUGUUGCAUCUGCAAGACCAAGUCGUCCAGUUCUCGUUUCACAGACAGCAGUCGAUAUGAAGAAACUUUCAGACUAUGUUUUGGGUUGUCAGAGGACCGUGUGGGGGAUAUCUGCAAUGCAUGUGUCUUGCUGGUGAAGAGAUGGAAAAAACUGCCAAAUGGUUCUAAAAAGAACUGGAACCAUGUUGUGGAUGCAAGGGCUGGGCCUGGUUUCAAGCUGACCAAACCUAAGAAGAUGAAGAACAGUGAUGGGAAGAGAAAAAGCAAACUGAAGAAGCUUCACAAGUUCAAGCGUCAAAACUCUGAUGCUCACAGCACCACCUCCAGCCUGUCUCCAUCCCAGUCACCCAGCUACAGUAACCAGUCUGAUGACUGCUCAGAUAUUGAAUCAAAACAGAGACGCUCUGCUCCCUCUGCCUUCUCCUUCCUGGACCGCUCUUACUGGAAAAGACAGAAGGUGUGUUGCGGUAUUGUCUACAAGGGCCGGUUCGGCGAGGUGAUCAUCGACCCCCGUCUCUUCAAGCCCUGCUGCAGCUCCAAGAAACAGGAGACUCUGGUGCCCACACAAAUCGACAGCCAUCUUCCCAGCACCCUCCCUUCUCCGCUCCCAGAGGAGAUGAAAGAGGCCUGGUAAUAGUUUUUAGCGCCCCCUAGGGGUGUCAAUGGCACCCACCUGGUUUUGUCUCCAGUGGCAGACUUCUCUCCCAAACCCGUUCCCUCAUUAGCACACUGUGUAUUUAGACAGCUAAAGGAUUUUUCUUUUUUUCUUCCUUUUUGAUAUGGGUAUUUUCUUAUUUUGUAUAGGAUUAAUUUUCUUAUCUUUUUUUUAAGAAAACAAAAAAAAUGAACAAAAAUAUUGUUUUUUAUAUGGGCAUUAGUGUACUAUUUAUAGGAUGAGAAAGCAGAAUUCUAUUUGGCCUUGAAAGGCAAACUAUCCAGGUCUUAUGAAUUUGCAACGUUUAAAACUUAUUUUGUCACCUUUACCAGCAUUUGUAUAUACUAAGUUCCUUAUGCUAGCAUAUCAAGACUUAUAUUUUUUUUAUUAUGUUACAGCUGUCUGUGUAAGUGUAAAUGUUCAUGUGCCGAUAUGCAAGUCUACCAGCUAUAAUUCUAAAAACCAGCCUGAUCGCAUAGUGACCAGAUUUCUGCAAUGUUUGUGUGGUACUUUUUUGCUGAUGCACACAAUAUAUUUGUAACAUCUGAAUGUGUUACAGGCUGAGUGAUAAGGGUUGCCAGUGCAUUUAACCUGAUCAAUUGCCCUUUACGUGGGCUUUUAAGUUUGUGUAUAUGUGCAUGCAUAGUCUCACUCUCCAGUCUCCACACAUGAACAGUUUUGCAAGCACUGAGUAGUACUGUAAUGAAAACGCUCUGGAUUAAUGCUUUCCAGCUUUUAAUGCAAGGAAAUCACAAAAGAGUUGGACCAUGCAUGCAGAACUCAUCUCUGUACUGGACUAAUAACAACUAACUAUUUAUUUUGUGUUUUGUAUAGUCUUCCAUGAAAUGAAAAUGCACAUUGUAUAGCAAUAUGUUUACAAUGGUUUUGUAUAUACACACACACACACACACACACAUGAGUGUUUAUCCAAUCGGGACAUUUAAAUUGCAAGAUUAACAAACCUUUUUAAACCACUACUUGCAUGUACAUAUUCAGAAAUGUUGACUAUGAUAUUCCAACCAUCUCGAUAACAAAGGCAGCAGGUCUUUGUUUAGUCUAGGUAUUUGAAUGAAAGUUGAAUUCAAGAGCAAUAUUAACACAAUGUUUUUCAUCUAUUGUCAGAAUCAUUGCCUCUGUUAUUCUGUUAUUCAACAUGUAUUUGUGAUUAUUUUUUUAUAUAUUAGUUUUGUCAGAAAUGAGUCAAAGCUGAGACUAUGCAGGCAUUUUGAAUGUGUGAAGUGGCCUAGCUUUAGGGGCAUUGUUUUGUCAUCUGCCCUGUUUGUCAGGUCCUGAUUUAACCAAAUUGGCUUUUCAGCUUUUUGCAUUUAGCAUUAGUAAACGCCCUGUAGAUAAUUCUUGAUUACAUCAAUUUGCUGUAAAGUGUAUGGUUUCUUUUUAUGAAUAUUAGUGUCACACAUGUUACACUGUUGUGCGUUAUCUGGACCAAACCUAAACAAUAUCACUGUGGUGACCAUUUUUUUAUCAAUGCUGUAAAACUUUGGUUGUUUGCAGAGCAUUUACUUUGUGACAGGGUUGUUGAAAAUAUUAUAUUAUCAAAUAAUGUCAAAGAAAUGCUGCUUCCCUUUAUCAAGAUGGAAAUUAAACCGUUUUUUGUACAUAUGGAAAUGCCAAUUAUUUUGUGCAAGGUACAUGUAGGAUAUCAGGUGUGCCUUAUAAGAAUUGUCCUUUUUCAUUAUGAAUUGCAAUCUGUCAUGUAAUUUAUAUUUAUUUAUUUCAACGCAGUUUGUAGAACUCAUGCUAUUAAAUUAACCUUUAGGGCCGUCAAGUCAUUUACAUGUUGUGCACUUCAAUUUCAGUUUGAUUUUCUAUGACGUUAUUUUGUAUACUGUCUCAAUAAAUUAAUAAAGGAUAU